AUGGCGACUAGGGGACCCCGGCAGCGGAACAGACGAGGAAGCAAACAAGACACGAAUAACGUGAACCCCAGCAUUGCCUCUGACACCCGCAUAACGAAAGAGGAUAAGGGGAUCGAGGACAGUAAAAUCUCGGAAAUACGGAAUGAGGUCACGAGCAAGGCAGGCCAGGUUUGGGCACCUGAGGGCUCCACUGCCUUCAAGUGCUUGGUGUCAGCCCGCUUUUGUGCUGCAUUGCUCAGCAACAUCUCCGACUGUGAUGAAACCUUCAACUACUGGGAGCCUACCCACUACCUACUGUAUGGUAAAGGGAUGCAGACGUGGGAGUACUCACCAGCUUACGCCAUCCGCUCCUACGCCUACCUGUGGCUGCACGCCCUGCCUGCAUCUUUCCAUGCCAAGAUACUGCAGACCAACAAGGUCCUGGUGUUUUACUUCCUGCGCUGUGUGCUGGCAUUCUCCUGCUGCGUGUGUGAGCUGUACUUCUACAAGGCAGUGUGUAAGAAGUUCGGCCUGCACGUAGGACGUCUCAUGCUAGCCUUCCUGGUCUUGAGUGCUGGCAUGUUCUGCUCCUCAGCAGCCUUCCUGCCCAGCACCUUCUGCAUGUACACCACAGUAGUAGCCAUGACAGGCUGGUUCCAGGAUACCCCCAGUGUGGCUGUGCUGGGUGUGGCUGCUGGAGCCAUUAUUGGCUGGCCGUUCAGUGCCCUGCUGGGAUUGCCAAUUGCCUUUGACCUGCUGCUCCUGAAACGCAAGUGGAAGAGUUUCAUCACCUGGACUCUGGUGGCCCUGCUGGUCCUGCUGGUCCCUGUUGUGGCAGUGGACAGCUAUUACUAUGGCAAGCUCGUGAUCGCUCCACUCAAUAUUGUCCUGUAUAACGUCUUUACCCCCCAUGGGCCAGACCUGUAUGGCACAGAGCCCUGGCAGUACUACUUUCUCAAUGGCUUCCUCAACUUUAACAUUGUCUUCAUCCUGGCUCUGCUCUCCCUGCCUCUCACUGCGCUGAUGGAGACCCUGCUACAGAGGUUCAAUGUGCAGAACCUGGGCCGGCCCUACUGGCUCACCCUCUCCCCCAUGUACCUGUGGAUGCUGGUGUUCUUCACGAGACCCCACAAAGAGGAGCGCUUCCUCUUCCCCAUCUACCCCCUCAUUUGCCUGUGCGGAGCAGUGGCGCUGUCGUCCCUUCAGAAGUGCUACCAUUUCCUGUUUCAGCGCUACCGCCUGGAGCACUACACCAUCUCCUCCAACUGGCUUGCACUGGGUUCUGUGCUGCUGUUUGCUGUGCUGUCACUUUCCCGCUCUGUCGCUCUGUUCAGAGGUUACCACGCCCCCCUGGACCUGUAUCCUGAGUUCCACCGCAUCGCCAAGGACCCUACUAUUCACACCGUUCCAGAGGGGAGGCCGGUCACUGUUUGUGUGGGCAAGGAAUGGUACCGCUUUCCCAGCAGCUUUCUGUUACCCAACAACUGGCAGCUGCAGUUCAUCGCGUCCGAAUUCCGGGGGCAGCUCCCCAAGCCCUACGGCCCUGGUCCCCUGGCCACACGAACCAUCCCCUCCCACAUGAAUGACCAGAACCUGGAGGAGCCAACCAGAUAUGUGGAUAUCAAGCACUGCCACUAUUUGGUGGACCUGGACACAGAGAUAGAGGCCCCCCGACAGCCGCGCUACACUGCAAACAAGGAAGAGUGGAGUGUCAUAGCCUACAAGCCUUUCCUGGAUGCCAGCAGGUCCUCUCGCUUCUUCAGGGCGUUCUUUGUCCCAUUCCUCUCGGAGCAGUAUACCACCUACAGCAGCUAUGUCAUCCUCAAACCCCGACGGCCCAAACAGGCCAGGAAACGGACACAGCCCUGACCCCCGCCCUAUACACCAUGUGUGAAACACUGUCUCCCGUCCUGUAUCCCUUUGGUCAUCGCCCCGCCCCACACCCCCUG